CGGGAUCAGACGCGCAGAGGAGGCGGGGCCGCGGCUGGUUUCCUGCCGGGGGGCGGCUCUGGGCCGCCCAGUCCCCUCCUCCCGCCCUUGAGGAGGAGGAGUCGCAGCCACCCGCCGCGCCCGAGACCCAGGAGGCCCCGCCAGCCCGCAGGAGAGGCCGAGCGGGAGUCGCGGAACAGCAGGCCGGAGCCCACCGCGCCGGGGCCUGGACGCCGCGCGGAGAAGAUGAAUUUACAACUGAUUUUCUGGAUUGGACUGAUCAGUUCAAUUUGCUGUGUGUUUGGUCAAACAGAUGAAAAUAGAUGUUUAAAAGCAAAUGCCAAAUCAUGUGGAGAAUGUAUACAAGCAGGGCCAAAUUGUGGGUGGUGCACAAAUUCAACAUUUUUACAGGAAGGAAUGCCCACUUCUGCACGAUGUGAUGAUUUAGAAGCCUUAAAAAAGAAGGGUUGCCCUCCAGAUGACAUAGAAAAUCCCAGAGGCUCCAAAGAUAUAAAGAAAAAUAAAAAUGUAACCAACCGUAGCAAAGGAACAGCAGAGAAGCUCAAGCCAGAGGAUAUUACUCAGAUCCAACCACAGCAGUUGGUUUUGCGAUUAAGAUCAGGGGAGCCACAGACAUUUACAUUAAAAUUCAAGAGAGCUGAAGACUAUCCCAUUGACCUCUACUACCUUAUGGACCUGUCUUACUCAAUGAAAGACGAUUUGGAGAAUGUAAAAAGUCUUGGAACAGAUCUGAUGAAUGAAAUGAGGAGGAUUACUUCCGACUUCAGAAUUGGAUUUGGUUCAUUUGUGGAAAAGACUGUGAUGCCUUACAUUAGCACAACACCAGCUAAGCUCAGGAACCCUUGUACAAGUGAACAGAACUGCACCAGCCCAUUUAGCUACAAAAAUGUGCUCAGUCUUACUAACAAAGGAGAAGUAUUUAAUGAACUUGUUGGAAAACAGCGCAUAUCUGGAAAUUUGGAUUCUCCAGAAGGUGGUUUCGAUGCCAUUAUGCAAGUUGCAGUUUGUGGAUCACUGAUUGGCUGGAGGAAUGUUACACGGCUGCUGGUGUUUUCCACAGAUGCCGGGUUUCACUUUGCUGGAGAUGGGAAACUUGGUGGCAUUGUUUUACCAAAUGAUGGACAGUGUCACCUGGAAAAUAAUAUGUACACAAUGAGUCAUUAUUAUGAUUAUCCUUCUAUUGCUCACCUUGUCCAGAAACUGAGUGAAAAUAAUAUUCAGACAAUUUUUGCAGUUACUGAAGAAUUUCAGCCCGUUUACAAGGAACUGAAAAACUUGAUCCCUAAGUCAGCAGUAGGAACAUUAUCUGCAAAUUCUAGCAAUGUAAUUCAGUUGAUCAUUGAUGCAUACAAUUCCCUUUCCUCAGAAGUCAUUUUGGAAAACGGCAAAUUGUCAGAAGGAGUAACAAUAAGUUACAAAUCCUACUGCAAGAACGGGGUGAAUGGAACAGGGGAAAAUGGAAGAAAAUGUUCCAAUAUUUCCAUUGGAGAUGAGGUUCAAUUUGAAAUUAGCAUAACUUCAAAUAAGUGUCCAAAAAAGGAUUCUGACAGCUUUAAAAUUAGGCCUCUGGGCUUUACGGAGGAAGUAGAGGUUAUUCUUCAGUACAUCUGUGAAUGCGAAUGCCAAAGCGAAGGCAUCCCUGAAAGUCCCAAGUGUCAUGAAGGAAACGGGACGUUUGAGUGUGGCGCGUGCAGGUGCAACGAAGGGCGUGUUGGUAGACAUUGUGAAUGCAGCACAGACGAAGUUAACAGUGAAGACAUGGACGCUUACUGCAGAAAAGAAAACAGUUCAGAAAUCUGCAGUAACAAUGGAGAGUGCGUUUGUGGACAGUGUGUUUGUAGGAAGAGGGAUAAUACAAAUGAAAUUUAUUCUGGCAAAUUCUGCGAGUGUGAUAAUUUCAACUGUGAUAGAUCCAAUGGCUUAAUUUGUGGAGGAAAUGGUGUUUGCAAGUGUCGUGUGUGUGAGUGCAACCCCAACUACACUGGCAGUGCAUGUGACUGUUCUUUGGAUACUAGUACUUGCGAAGCCAGCAAUGGACAGAUCUGUAAUGGCCGGGGCAUCUGCGAAUGUGGUGUCUGUAAGUGUACAGAUCCGAAGUUCCAAGGGCAAACAUGUGAGAUGUGUCAGACCUGCCUUGGUGUCUGUGCUGAGCAUAAAGAAUGUGUUCAGUGCAGAGCCUUCAAUAAAGGAGAAAAGAAAGACACAUGCGCACAGGAAUGUUCCUAUUUUAACAUUACCAAGGUAGAAAGUCGGGACAAAUUACCCCAGCCAGUCCAACCUGAUCCUGUGUCCCAUUGUAAGGAGAAGGAUGUUGACGACUGUUGGUUCUAUUUUACAUAUUCAGUGAAUGGGAACAAUGAGGUCAUGGUUCAUGUUGUGGAGAAUCCAGAGUGUCCCACUGGUCCAGACAUCAUUCCAAUUGUAGCUGGUGUGGUUGCUGGAAUUGUUCUUAUUGGCCUUGCAUUACUGCUGAUAUGGAAGCUUUUAAUGAUAAUUCAUGACAGAAGGGAGUUUGCUAAAUUUGAAAAGGAGAAAAUGAAUGCCAAAUGGGACACGGGUGAAAAUCCUAUUUAUAAGAGUGCCGUGACAACUGUGGUCAAUCCGAAGUAUGAGGGAAAAUGAGGACCACCUGUGCACAUCCCACAACACUGAAUGCAAAGUAGCAAUUUCCAUUGUCACAGUUAGGUCGCUUUAGGGCAAUAUUGCCAUGGUUUGGUUCAUGUGCAGGUUUUGAAAAUGUACAAUAUGUAUAAUUUUUUAAAUGUUUUAUUAUUUUGAAAAUAAUGUAAUUCAUGCCAGGGACUGACAAAAGACUUGAGACAGGAUGGUUAUUCUUGUCAGCUAAGGUCACAUUGUGCCUUUUUGACCUUUUCUUCCUGGACUAUUGAAAUCAAGCUUAUUGGAUUAAGUGAUAUUUCUACAGUGAUUGAAAGGGCAAUAGUUAAUGAGCAUGAUGAGAGUUUCUGUUAAUCAUGUAUUAAAACUGAUUUUUAGCUUUACAAAUAUGUCAGUUUGCAGUUACGCAGAAUCCAAAGUAAAUGUCCUGCUAGCUAGUUAAGGAUUGUUUUAAAUCUGUUACUUUGCUAUUUGCCUGUUAGACAUGACUGAUGACAUAUCUGAAAGACAAGUACAUUUAGAGUUGCUGGUGUAAAAUAGGUUUGAAAUAGUUGAUCUGCACAGGCCAUGGGAAAAAUUCAGAGAGUUAGGAAGGAAGAACCAAUAGCUUUAAAACCUGUGUGCCAUUUUAAGAGUUACUUAAUGUUUGGUAACUUUUAUGCCUUCACUUUACAAAUUCAAGCCUUAGGUAAAAGAACCGAGCAAUUUUCUGCUAAAAAGUCCUUGAUUUAGCACUUUUUACAUAAAGGCCAUACUUUGCAAAGUAUUUGCUGAAUGGGGACCUUUCGAGUUGAAUUUAUUUUAUUUUAUUAUUUUUAUUUUGUUUAAUGUCUGGUGCUUUUUAUCACCUCUUCUAAUCUUUUAAUGUAUUUGUUUGCAAUUUUGGGGUAAGACUUUUUUUAUGAGUACUUUUUCUUUGAAGUUUUAGCGGUCAAUUUGCCUUUUUAAUGAACAUGUGAAGUUGUACCGUGGCUAUGCAACAGCUCUCACCUAUGCGAGUCUUACUUUGAAUUAGUGCCAUAGCAGACCACUGUAUGUUUACUUCUCACCAUUUGAGUUGCCCAUCUUGUUUCAUACUAGUCAUAUUCUUGUUUUAAGUGCCUUUAGUUUUAACAGUUCACUUUUUACAGUGCUAUUUACUGAAGUUAUUUAUUAAAUAUGCCUAAAAUACUUAAAUCGGA